UUUUUUUCUUUUAUUUAUUUUUUUAUUUAUUUAUUUAUUUACACUAUAUCUUUAUAUUCCCAAUGUCAACGAUCAGGCUACUGGGGAGAGCGGCUUUGAAGAAAAGAUCUUGGACUAUAUCACAGUCGUCUAUUCAGCGAUCGUUACUACAGCAAUAUGAAAACCACUCCUUCAUUUCUGAUCAUUCCCUCUUGUCGCUACGUCAGUUACCAGUACUAUCAACUACUUGUUCUUGUCGACAAUAUACUUCUUCUACCAGCACUAUCAAUGUCACUGAUAAUAACAAUAUCAACCAUAUCGACGAUGACAUAAAGUCAACAACAUCAAUAGAAUCAGUAGAGACAAAGAUGUUUAAUGAUGAAUCAAAACAUGACGACCAAUUAUGGGAAGGUUGCACAUCAAGGAUAGUGAUUGAAGAUCGAUCAGUGGAUGACAUUUGGGAAGAAUACGUACGGUUAGAGGAUGAUCCAAACGAAGUACUGAUUGACUAUGAUUAUGUGACGGUAUGUGUGGCACUGAAACGGGACAAGCGUGAAUUGGUAUCUAUUAAGCGAAUUCAGACCUUACUACGACAUAUUCAUCAAAAGGGAAACAUGCCUGAAGUAUUUACUCGAUGUUGCAAUAUGUUGAUAUAUCUUUAUUUGGAACAUGGUGAUUUACAUUCGGCGAAAUUGGUAUUUGACGGUAUGCUUCGGUCUAAAUACAAACCUACUGGAGUCACUGUAUGCACGUUACUGGAUGGUAUUGGAAAAUUUGGAACAGCAAAGAAUGCAUUAGCUUUAUAUAGGACAUUGUCAGCGCAACAACUCUUUCCGGAGCGACGUGGAGCCUAUCAUCGACUGAUUAGAGUUCUUGGGUUGAAAUUUGGCGAUGUGACCAACAGCACAAUGAUUAUGAAAAAAUUGAUGGACAGUACAACUUUCAAAGCGGACAUCGUUCUGUAUAAUACCAUGUUACUCAUCUAUGAGACUGCCAAGCAACCUGAACAAGCAUGGGACUUUUAUAUGCAACUUUUUGCCAAGGCAAAUGAUGUGACACCAAACUGGGGUACUUAUUACUAUUUGAUCAAGACAUUACGACCAGAUGGAACGGUAAAAGUGGACGACAAGACGGAGAAACGAAUCAAGACACUACAUUCUCAUAUGCACAAACUCGGCAUUGAUAUUCGAGCUUCACAUUAUCUUGGAAUGGGGUUGGACGCCAAAGCAGCACUUGCAGAAUCAAGAAAGAGUGGCACAGUUCUUUCAGUACAUGAUUACAAUACUUUGAUUGCUCAUGCCGUGAAAAACAACGAGUUUGGAGAUGCCCUGGAAAUAUAUCAAGAAAUGACGAAAGAGGGUGAUACGCAGCAACCAAUCUCUCCCGAUAUUUAUACCUAUGGAAUCAUCAUGAACGCUAUCAUCAAAGAUAUUGAGCAUCCAGCAUCAACAGUGUUCGAUAUAUAUCAAGAAAUGAAAGAACAUGGAAUUCAGCCGGAUGUCGUGGUAUACAGCAACUUAUUGAUGGCAUGUGGAAAAACCGGUGAUGUGGGACGUGCGUUGGACCUGUUGAAGGAAAUGCAAGAUACAAAAGUGGAACCAAACAAGUAUAUUUUCAACACUUUCUUGGGUGUACUUUCUCGAUCACCAGAGAAGGACAAGGUGGCUUUACAUUGUGCACGGGACUUAUGGGACCAGAUGAUUGCUAUACGGAAUUAUCCUGACACUCGAUGUUACAACCAAUACUUUACACUUCUAUCUCAAUAUCUAUCUGAAGCGGAUACGUCUUCUCUCCCUCUACGACAUGAAGAUGAAUUGGAUGAAUUACAACGACGACGACAACAAGGGCAAUUGACUGCACGAGAUCUUUACUUGGAAAACGACAAUGAAGAUAAUCAUAUCCAAUUAGGUGGCAAACCAAUGUCAGGCAUAGCAAAGUACAUGAUGAAGUUAUAUCGGGAAAUGAGGAAAUCACGACAUAGGAUGAAUCGACCGGAUUUUCUUACGUACUCCAUCUUGAUCAAUAGUAUGAUGUCGCAUGGACAAACUCGACAAGGUAUCUUACUCUACCGGGAUGCUCAAACGACCAAUCAUCGACUCCAUGUAUCAGUAUAUAAUACCAUCAUUCGUGGCCUUCUUCGUGACAAUGAACUCCAUCAAGUAAUGCAUAUCUGGCAAGACAUGAAAGCGCAUCACGUGUACCCUGAUCGAUCUACCUAUGAAUUGGUACUUGAUGCUUGUGAACAACUCCAUCUGGUGGAAUCCUUUACAUCUAUCAUACAACAACGACGUCAAGAUGCCGACCGGUUGGAUCGAAUGGAUAUGGAACGCGAACAAAGAUGGGAACGUGCGAAAUCAAUCAAAGAAAAACAACAGCAACAACACCAACAAUAGAAAUCAUGAACACAACAAAACAAAAAUCUGGACAUUGUAGAAUAGAUUCCAUUGUAGAUGAUUAGAUUAGAUUAUAUAGUUAGAUCUUUUUUUUUUUUUUUU